GACCCCGGUCCAGCCCCGUCUGUCAAACUCACCGACACAGACUGUUCGUCGGCCUGUUUCCCUUUGUCUCGCAACAAUGGAACGGAAAGUUGCUCGGGAAUUUAGGCACAAGGUGGAGUUGCUGAUUGAGAAUGAAGCAGAGAAGGAUUACCUGUACGACGUCCUCCGCAUGUAUCACCAGUCGAUGGAUUUGCCUGUGCUGGUGGGAGACCUGAAGCUGGUAAUCAAUGAACCAAAGCGCUUGCCUCUUUUUGACGCAAUCAGGCCUCUCAUCCCACUCAAACAUCAGGUGGAGUACGACCUUCUUACCCCCAAGAGGUCACGGAAACUCAAAGAGGUGCGUUUGGAUCGGACUCAUCGUGACGGACUAGGCCUCAGUGUGCGAGGAGGGUUGGAGUUUGGCUGCGGUCUCUACAUCUCUCAGAUUGUCAAAGAUGGUCAGGCUGCAAACGUGGGCCUACAGGUUGGUGAUGAGAUUGUGCGAAUCAAUGGAUACUCCAUUUCCUCCUGCAUCCAUGAGGAAGUCAUCUCGCUCAUCAAGACAAAGAAGACCGUGUCACUCAAAGUCAGACAUGUAGGGAUGAUCCCAGCCAAAAGCUCCCCAGACGAGCCCCUCAAAUGGCAGUUUGUUGACCAGUUUGUGUCUGAGUCUGGGGAGAAAAAGAACAGUGUUGCUGGCUUGGCGUCCAUCGGAGGGAAGGAGAUAAAAGAGAAGAAGGUUUUCCUCAGCCUCGUAGGCUCAAAGGGAAUGGGUAUCAGCAUCACCAGCGGUCCCACCCAGAAACCUGGCAUCUACAUUAGUAACGUCAAGCCAGGUUCUCUCUCUGCAGAAGUUGGACUUGAGAUUGGCGACCAGAUUGUGGAGGUGAAUGGUGUGGAUUUUACCAGUGUGGACCACUCAGAGGCUGUGCGAGUCUUGAAGAGCAGCAGGAGUCUAACGAUCACUGUCCUGACAGGAGCUGGCAGCGAGCUGUUUAUGACAGAUGAGGAGCGCCUGGCUCUGGAGGCUCGCAGGGAGUUGGACCGGCAGGAGCUGAUGCACCAGAAACGGGUGGCACUGGAGACCAACAAAAUCAUCAAAGAGCAGCAGGAGAAGGAGAGGCAGAGAAAGAUGGAGAUUUCUCAGAAAGCUGCCGAGGAGGAGGAUCGCUAUAAAAAGGAGAUGGAUAAGAUUGAAGCUAUAGAGAAGAAGCACAACAGAGACUGGGAGGAGGACUGGGGCGCCAAAGACAGGCCUAAGAGCCCACGCACUCCAAAAUCCCCAUCACCUGCUCCACCUGAAAGAAAAACAACCCCCAUUCCUAAGGCUAAGAGCUCUCAGGAUGAAGGUAGCUACUUCACAGAGGAAGACAAGGAGGAAGAGCAGCUCAGACAAGGAUUUCAGAAAUACGAGGACGGUUUUGAUCCCUACUCUUUGUUCUCCGCGGACCAAAUCGACGACCGAGAUGUGAGACUGCUGAGAAUCAAAAAGACCGGACAGCUUGACCUUGCUCUGGAGGGAGGAGCAGACUCUCCGUUGGCGAAGUUGGUGGUGUCGUCCGUGUAUGAGGGCGGUGCUGCAGAUAGACACGGUGGUAUUGUCCCCGGGGAUGAACUUAUGGCUGUGAAUGGGAAAAUCCUCAUCGGUGCCACUUUGACUGAGGGACAAAACUCUCUGGCUCGAGCCUGGAACAGUGGAGGGGACUGGAUCGAUGUGGUGAUCGCUGUUUCCCCUCCGAAAGAUUAUGAAGAUGAAGUGACGUUCUUCUAGUGUCAUUAACAGCCUGCCAAGAAAAAUACUCUGAUUAGAAGAAGGUGUUUAGACUUGACGACUCCUUCAGGAUUCACUGUCUUUUUAAUUACAAAUAAAACUUUCCCCAUCGUCUUCUGAAUACACUAACAGCUUUUCUGUGUGUACAAUUAGCAUCAUAAUCAACUCUUGUGUCAUGAAUCAGGAAAUUGACUGUCAAUGUUCAGUUGUCCCCAGUAAUCUCAUGUAGGUCUCAUGUAGUCACACAUGCUUGUCUUUUUUGCUUGUAAAUGUCUCUUGAAAAGCCCAAUAAAGGACUGCUCACCUUGUUACAA